AUGACAGACGAUAAUGAUGAUGAUAAAGAUUAUGAUUAUGUGGUUCAAGAUGAUUGGAUAAAUGAUUAUCAUGAUUUAUAUCAUUACAAUCAUGACAGAUCAAUACAAACAAAAAGACCAAAGUUUAAAAAAAUAGUACUCUACAAAGAUAAAAAGAAAGAAAAACAAAAACAAAUAAUAUGUAAUAAAGAACAAACAAGUGGACAAUGUAUAAAGAUGAGAAUGUUUCAGUGUCGUCCAAGAUGGGUCUAUCUAUCAAGGAAAUAUUACUGGUGUUAUAAGCCACGUUGUUGGUGGCCUCUUCAUAGUAGUUCAAAAGUAACACCUAUAGUUGGACGUCAAUAUCAACAAGACCCGUUUCUAUCAAAAUGGACUGUUCAAGUUGGAUGUACUCAUGCUAGUAUAUUGGAUCCACUCUCACCAAAUCAUUACGAGUCGUCGUUGGUUCCAAUGCCAAAGAAUAUAACUUUACCCAUUAUUGAUGCUAGGACAUUGGCUCUAGAAUACUAUAAUAUCAAUUGGGACAAAGAUCCAAUCAACCCAAAAGGUGGAUUGUACAAUCCGUAUUUGUAUGACUAUGGCCAAUCAUCACCACAUAUGGACAGUCAAUAUGCUCAGACUAUUGCAACUAAACUGCAAGACAUGGCAAAUGAUUUAAUUGGUGUAUAUAAUGUACAAGAAUAUCUUGACAAACGUCAAAUAUUAUUUGAAGGGAUUGUUAGUGUCAUUACAGAACAUCCAAAUCGAGACAAUAUUGGAUUCAUCUUUUCUCAUAUAAAGUCAAGUAUGAUACCUAUCAUUCAAACCUAUUGUCAACAUAUUGCAACCAAUAAUUAUUACCGAAAUGCAUAUAGACAUCUAGAAGGUGUAUUUAACAACAAAUUAUUACACCUCAUUGAAAAAAGGAGUAGAAAUUAUAAACUAGUUCAAAAUUCAUCUUUUGAAACUGAUAGAUUAAUGGAAAAUGAUUUGGAAAAUCCACUAUUUAAAUUGUUUGGUUCAAAUAUUGGUAAUAACUUUAUAUCUGCACAUAUUGGUAAAAAAAUGGUAAACAAUCUUACACUUUUUAAAGAAUGUUUUAAAUCUUUUACUUCGUCUGUACUUUCUGGUAUUACAUGGGGUGAAAUAGAUGGAUGUAAAGUUGUAUGUGGUGGUAGUUCGGUAUUGGCAUCUCUUACACUUGGAUCAGAAUUUAUGAUAGAUAAUUAUGAAACCUUUUUAACUGUUGAAAAGGCUAUUGCACCACUUGCCACCAAUGCCAAAAAGAUCAUCCAAGAAUAUCUUUCAAGUGCUCCAAGUAAAAGACUUUUUACUCAUGAUGGAUUAAAGGGAUUGGAUGAAUUGCUCGAUGAACCAUCAUGGUAUACAGAAACACAUAGAUUAUACAAUAAUGAAAAAUCACCCUAUUUCAAAUCAGAUAUCGAUCUAUUUCUCAUUACAGAGUCAGAGCAGAGUGCAAUUAAAAGAAUUAAAUUAUUGGUAAAGGAAAUCACAUCAUCUCUUCCAUGUGACUAUCAUAUCAUCAAGACAAUGCAUUCGUUGACCAUCCUUCCAACUGCCUACCCCUACCGUCCCGUACAAAUUGUCACUGCCACUCUUAAAAGUUACUAUGAGUAUCUUUUAAAGGCAGAUAUAGAUUGCACGUGCUUUUUAUAUGAUGGCAAUGAAAUUUACACUCUUUUGCGUGGUGUUAGGUCAAUUGCAAACUCUUUCAACUAUAUAUCACCUCAUCUUUUGCAUCGAGAAAGAUCACGAAUAGAAAAGUAUUUCAAAAGAGGUUAUUCAUUUGGUGCAACUGAAAUAUGGGACCAAUCAAAUUCACUCGAUUGGUUGGAUGAUUAUAAAAAGAAAGGUGGAAUGUUUCCUCUUGAUAGAUUUGGAUCUUUAAAUGUUCCAGAACUAAAAGUAAUAUCAAUGCAACGACAAAGACAAAGACAAAUGUACAGACUAAGAUAUGGAGAUGACUCUGAUUCUUCCGAACAACAACUAUUCACAACGAUUCAAGAUAUUAUGGAACGAGUAGGACCAAACAAUUCAUUUGAUUUGGAAGCACUAAAUGUGAUAGACAAACCAAAAAUGAUUGGCCCAAAUUUUGUUUAUCAUGGUUGGAAAAUAUUGGAUCAAUUUAUCGAUCAACAUAUUAUCGUUGAACCAAAAUCAAUUUGUACUGUUGGUUUUUCAUGUUAUCAAUGCGGCGAAUUAAUAUUUCAUUGGCAUACAAGUAUUGGUGAAAUUCCAAUUUGCAACGAUUGUCAAAAUUUAACAGACUCGAAAUGGCAACAAUGGGAUAAUAUUCAAGUAGACCAGAGUCGUCCAAAAUAUGCUUUGGUAACUGGAGCAAGAAUGAAAAUUGGAUAUUAUAUUGCAAAGAGAUUAUUAAAAAGUGGAUUUACUGUCAUGGUGACAACAAGAUUCCCUUGGAUUGCAAUAGAUCGUUAUUCAAGGGAAGAUGAUUACUCUGAAUGGAAAGAUAGACUAUUUGUUUAUGGAUGUGAUUUUAGACAUUUACCAUCGGUUCAAUCAAUGAUCAAUCACAUCAAACAAUUAUUCCCUCGUUUGGAUAUUUUAAUCAACAAUGCUGCUCAAACUAUUCGUAGACCACGUGCCUAUUUUAGAGAAUUGAUAGAAAAGGAAGAAUACCUAUCUCUUGCUUAUGGUUUAAUUGGUCAUAUUACUCAAUCUAUUAAAUUUAUAAAAAAGAAUGAUGAUAAUGAUGAUGAUGACGACGACGAUGACUAUAAUCAAGAUAAUAAUGAUAGUGAUGAAAUUCCAACACCAAAAAGAACAGCAGUACAACUAUAUAAUAAUGAAUUACCAAAAAGUAUUAUGGAAUGUUCAUUAAUGACACAAAUACAAUUAUUGGAUCAUGACAGAGAAGAACGAAAUGAUGAAUUAUUCCCACCUGGUCAAACAGAUUUACAUGGUGAACCAUUAGACAACAGAGAACAGACAACAUGGAGAGAAACAAUUGAAGAAACAUCACCAAUUGAAAUGAUGGAAGUUCAAUUGGUCAAUGUUACAGUUCCAUUCAUGUUGAUCUCUCAACUAUCACCCUUUAUGUCAAACUAUAUCAAGACUGAUGGAGAUGACAACGAUUGGAAAUUUAUUGUCAAUGUAUCAGCACAAGAAGGCUCAUUCAACAAAGGAUACAAUCAUGGUCAUCACACCCACACUAAUAUGGCCAAAUCAUCACUCAAUAUGAUGACCUAUUCAAUCGCUGAGAGUUAUCUCAAGAAAGGUAUCUAUGUUUGUGGUGUCGAUACUGGAUGGUGUACAAAGAUGACAUCACAACGCAAAGAUGGACCACAAUCACCACUCAACGAGUUUGAUGGUGCUACAAGAGUAUUGGAUCCAAUUGCAAGUAUAUUGUUGUUGGGAGAUGAUGAAUCAAAAAGAAAGAAAAUGCAUAUAGGUGGAAUGUUUUGUCAUUAUCGACCACAAGAUAAUAUAAAUUAUAGUCAUACAAAAGGAAUUUAA